GAGGCGCAUGCCCCGAGCUGUUUUACUGGGCCGAUAGUCAGUCAGCAAAGCCGGGCUCCAGACGACCGAUCAUUACCAGGUAUAAAGUGCCCGGGACACUACCAGUAAAUACAGGGCAAACAAACUAAAUUAGAGGAAUCGUUUGUCAUUAAUCCUUUCAGACUUGAAGGAUGCGAUUAAACAAGCGAAGAAAUCAUCAAAAUUGAAAUUGAGCACUAGGAAGUAAUAAAGUGACAAAAAGAAGAUGACUGGAAGAAUGAAAUUAUCAUUUAGUUCCCCUGUUAACGAAGAAGCAGAUAGACAUUUAGUGAUUGGAUCUUUGGAGCAGCGUAAAGAGGCAUUCAAAGAAGAUGAGGAACUUAUGAAAGAAACGACCAAGUUCAUUACAGAAGUUAUCGAAACAGCUACUACUGAAGCAACUAAAAGGAAACUUGAAAAAGAGAAUGCCAGUGGGAGUGAAGGCAGUAGAUUGAAGGGCAACGAAACCUUAGGCGGCUGGAACAACCGUGCCCGUGGCUUCUGCAAUCGAGUUCUCAAUGCAAUAUUUCCAUGCUUCACCAACAAUGAACUGUUUGCCUGGGCACAAUACCGAUAUCGCUUCUCGAGUAGACCUUAGCCGUCAACAGAUUUCCGGAAGUUUCGUUCAGGCGAAAUGAACACUUGACAUUUUGAAAAUUAGGAGGCAACGAAGAUUCGAUGUUGACUAUUAUUAGGCAAGUGGAUGACUCGAUUCAUUGUCAUAUAUGGGAGAAAACAUCUAAUUUAUUCGAUGCACUUGGCAAUUAAGAUUGCAACAAGAUUACAACGUCAAUUCGAUUGAGCUAUUUUUGCAAAAGAAAAAAAAACUGAAAGCUCGAUUUCCGCAAGGUGAUUAAAAAAAAGAAUGUUAUUGUAAAAAAAAAGAGUUAAAACUAUAUAGGCCAUUUGCGUGUUCGUUUAACAAAAAAGUAUAAAUAACGUAGUCGAAAAUCUAUCUAUUAUUAUUAUAUAUAUUUAAAAACAAAAUAAUUUUUAAGUCCAUAGGACGUUUCCAUAAAACGCUCCAAAAAUGUCACUGUGAUUAAAAAUUGUAACAAAAACAAAAAUUCUUUCAACGAUUGAGAAUUUCGAUUCUGCUGGUACAGAAUCUUUUCUUUUUUAAAUGUAAAAAAAUAUAUUAACAAAUAAUCGUAUUUCUAAUUUUUAUUCGACGAACAAGAAAUUUUUUAUGAACAAAAGGAAGAAGUUUCCUAUAUUGAAAAAUAUUUGCGAAAGUAAAUAAUUCGAUCUGUAAAUAAUCCAUGUAAAAUACAAAAAAUUUUUCGGCAAUGGAACCUCAAUAGAAGAAACAAGAAAGUGAAGAUUGUCAUCGAGUUUAAAUUGUACACGAACAAAGUCUUUGUAUAUAAAAAUUAAAUAAUUUUUAUCUAUUAAAACUUAUAAAAAUUAUAAAAUUCUAAACUAUAAUUUAACGUAAAAAUUUCACACAUUAAAUUAAUAAUAUUAAUUAAUAAAAUACUAAUUGACUGAUUUAAUUUAACCCAAAUUAAUUAUAAAAUCAGAAUACGACCCGAAAAUCUCCUAAAAGUAUUUAAUUCUAUAAACCAAUAUUGUAAAACCAGGAAAAAUUAUUUGCUUGUUGCUAGAAAAAGUAACGUCAACUUUAUAUAAUCGUUUGAGAAAGGAUAACUGGUGGAAAAUAUUGAUUAAUAAAUGGAGCUUUUAAGAACCAGACGCGCACAGACUAUAUAUAAAACAUCUCCUUUGAGAUAAUUUUACAAGUACCUACAAACAUAAAGGGAAAUGUUAGUCAUUGAUGAAAAGUUUUUACAAUUCCCUAACACAUGUAUAUACAUAUAUAUAUAUAACAAUGAGAGUUUUUUUUGCGAAUCGUAUACUAGUUGAAAGAAAAUCAAUAAUUCCGGUAUUUCAAGCUUUAGUCACGAAUGUAGGUACAUUGUUACUGCGGCUCUCUUAUGCCGUCCUAUUUUCGUGAUUUACGCUACUGGCGUGUAAUUUCAUUCUAAUUUGCAUAUAAAUAUAUCACAUCACACUAUUCUGGUCUCAUAACUAAGUGGCUGACCAAUAAACACAUUUUAUCGAUAAUUGAUUAUUUUGUGAACGUGAUUUUAAUUAAUUAUCGCAGUCUAUAAUUAUUAACACUCUUCUGAUGCAAUUUGAUUUUUUAAUUUCAACUUUUAUUGUGCCUAAAAUAAUUUAUUAA